AUGGCAGGCGGCGGCAUUCCCAUGAACGCGCCCGCAGUUCAGGGCGGCUACCUGAAGGGCAAGCAACUCAUCUUCCCUCUCUCGCUGGUCAUCUCGCUCUUCUUCCUCUGGGGCUUCUCCUACGGUCUGCUCGAUGUCCUCAACAAGCACUUCCAGACCGUCCUCGGCAUCACCAAGCUCGAAUCCACUGGUCUUCAGGUCAUGUACUUCGGCGGUGGUUAUCUCUGCUACUCUCCCAUCGCUGCUGAGGUUCUUAAGCGCAAGGGCUACAAGGUCACCAUCCUCAUGGGCUUGGCCCUCUACUCUCUCGGCGCCAUCAUGUUCUGGCCUACCGCUCACUUCACGUCUGCUACGAACGCCAAGGCAUCUUUCGGUGGAUUCUUGGUCUGCACGCUGGUCAUCGCUUGCGGUCUCGCUACCCUCGAGACUGCUGCCAACUCAUACGCUGUUGUCAUUGGUGACCCAGCUUUGGCCUCCGCUCGUCUCCAAUUCUGUCAAUCUUGGAAUGGUGUGGCCAGCUUCAUUGGACCUCUCAUUGCCUCCAAAGCCUUCUUCUCCGGCGCGAACCAGAACAACCUCACCAAUGUUCAAUAUGUCUACCUUGCCGUGUCAUGCGCCGGCAUGGCUGUCGCCGUCCUCUUCUUCUUCGCCAAGCUCCCUGAGGUAGCCGAAGAGACAGGUGGCCGCCGUGGCUCCGUCAUCGAUGACAACACCCUCGAGAUGGCAAUCGGCCACGAUGGCAAGGUCAUAGGCGAUGCUCCCCUCUACAAGCAGUACAACAUGAUCUUCGGCUUCAUCGCCCAGUUCUGCUACGUCGGUGCCCAGGUCACCAUCGCCUCCUUCUUCAUCAACUACGCCACUGAGAACGCCUCGUACACUUCCGCACAGGCCUCGCAGAUGUUGUCCUACGGUCUGAUCGUUUUCACCGUCGGCCGUUUCAUCGCUACCGGUCUGGCCACGAUCUUCGAGUCCAACUUCCUCCUCACCAUCUACUGCUGCUUCGCCAUCGCCUUCAACGCCUACAUUGCCGCUGGACACGGCAAGGCAGCCGUUGGUGUCCUCAUCGCCAUCUUCUUCUUCGAGGCACCAAUGUACCCAACCAUCUUCACCCUCGGAACAGCCAACCUUGGCCGCCACACCCGCCGCGGUGCCGGUAUCCUCGUCAUGGGUGUGUCUGGCGGUGCCGUCUUCCCACCAAUCCAGGGUGCCGUCGCUGAUGCCGCUGGUACACGUAUCUCCUACGUAGUCCCGCUUUGCGGUUUCGUGGUCGUAUUGGUUUAUGUCACCUACCACUGGGCUACCCACGGCUUCAAGAUCAUGCGCCAGAAGGGAGCGACUGUUAUCGCUGCCUCGAUCGAGGGCGGCGCCGUUGGCGGUGUUGUUGAGACUGUCCACUACGAUGAGAAGAAGCUGUCCACUGCCGGCAUCGAAAACAUCCGCCGUGGCAGCAUUGGCAGUGUCACUGGUGUCACUGGUGGAGCCAAGGCUUACUAG